AGCAGGUAACAUGAUGAUAGCCAGCGUCAUUCUCUUUUGCAUCUUACCUUCGUCAGCUAUUGGACACCUUAAUUACGGUGGAAACAUCAGAUCCGAUACGGAGUUUGUGAGCAUUCGACAUCUACACUCCGAACAUGGCAGAACCAGAAGAGACGCCUCCAUCAUGCCUGAGCGCCUUGUAUUGGACCUGGAACUCAGCACUGGAAGAGUAGUCUUUAAUCUGACGAGAUCGGAACGAGACCAUCACGAUAUUCCAAUUGUACUUCGCCACGGAGAUAGGGCUUUUAUUAAAGAUGUCAAGAAGAACUAUGACCAAGCUGUUUAUAAUGACAAAAAUCAAAAUGCUGCUCUCAUGGUGGAAAAGACUGCAACGGAUGAAUAUAAUGUUGCGGGGUUGUUCCACAUCGGAGAGACACCCCACGACAUCUGGCCUGAACACGGACGCAGGAGACGCACUCGAGACACCGGAGAUGUCCACGUGGUCAGCGCUGUCUUCAACAUUAACUUUACAGGGGAUGCUGUCCUCAAUGACGUCUAUUGGAAGAGGAAGCCGGAAUUCGAUAGGCAACUGAAACUUCUGAAAGACAAACACCAACGUCAAAAAAGAUCCAAUGUACAACAACACACAAUCGAGCUUUGCUUUUUCUCUGACAAUGCCGAUUGGAACAGAUUUCUUGUUGAUGCUGGUGGAAAUGCUGUACAGGCUGAAGCCGACCUUCGUCUGUUCUACGCCUUCAUAGAGCAAGCCAUGAAUGUGAGGUAUGCGAACCUGCCCCCUAAUCAGGUCUGCGUACGGGUGCAGGUGAAGGCAAUCACAAUAUUUAUGACUCUUAACACCCCAUCCUGGAUUUUCAACCACAUCAAAACCGACGGCACCAUUAACGCCUCCGACGGCAUAGAUGAGAUGGCAGGGGACACGACGGGCACCACAGGGUCAGCAGCAAGUCAAGGAACAGCCUGUGACCAUUUCAUGCUAUUCUCCGGGUAUGUUUGA